AUGAGGUUCCGAUUCUGUGGUGACCUGGACUGUCCUGACUGGGUCCUGGCAGAGAUCAGCACGCUGGCCAAGAUUUCCUCUGUGAAGCUGAGGCUGCUGUGUGGCCAGGUGCUGAAGGACCUUCUGGGAGACGGGCUUGACUACGAGAAGAUCCUGAAGCUCACUGCGGACGCCAGGUUUGAGUCGGGCGAUGUGAAGGCCACAGUGGCGGUGCUGAGUUUCAUCCUCUCCAGUGCGGCCAAGCACAGCGUGGAUGGCGAGUCCUUGUCCAGCGAACUGCAGCAGCUGGGGCUGCCCAAAGAGCACGCGGCCAGCCUCUGUCGCUGCUACGAGGAGAAGCAGAGCCCCCUGCAGGAGCGCCUGCGGGUCUGCAGCUUGCGGGUGAACAGGCUGGUCAGCGUGGGCUGGCGGGUGGACUACACCCUGAGCUCUAGCCUGCUGCGUGCUGUGGAGGAGCCUUUGGUACACCUGCGGCUGGAGGUUGCAGCUUCCCCAGGUGCCCCGACCCAGCCUGUCACCAUGUCCCUCUCAGCAGACAAGUUCCAGGUCCUCCUGGCAGAGUUGAAGCAGGCCCAGGCCCUGAUGAACAACCUGGGCUGA